AUGGGGAUCUUUACAUUCCAAUGGCCUUACGACGCGAACGACGUAUAUGUCACGGGCACUUUCGACGAUUGGGGUAAGACGGUGAAACUUGACCGGGUGAGCGAUGGCUUCGCAAAGGAGGUGUCUCUGCCCAUUGAGAAGGUUCACUACAAGUUUGUUGUUGACGGCAUCUGGACAACCGAUAGUCGUGUACGCGAAGAGAUUGACGGACACAACAACGUCAACAACGUGCUCCUGCCUGAAGAGAUUCAAGAUUCCUCCCGCCCCGCACCCGCAACCAUGUCUGGUGUCACCCCCGAUUCCACCACCGCGGCCCUCGCUGCGGAUGUCCCCAAGGAGAAGGCCAACGGUGAAAUCCCCGGUUCCUUCCCUGAGACACCGGCACAGGAGUCCGAGCAAAUCCUAUCCGUCAAUCCCAUUCCCGCCUCGGGUGGCUACGGCAACCCGAUCAAGCUGAACCCUGGCGAGAAGGUCCCUGACCUAAGCUCGGUCCAUGGCAACACCGUCGAGUCGACCGUGAAACUGGACAAGGAGUCGUAUGAAAAGGGAGACAGUCUGCCCCUCGGCACUCAGCCCGACACCGCUACCUCCAGUGCUUUCGCCGUGCCCCCCGUCUCCAAAAACCUCAUUCCCGAGUCCAGUCUGCCUAUGGGCGGACCCGCACAGCGGGCUGCCAUGAACGACCAGCAGACCGCCGCCGAUCCUGGCUACACCAUCCAGUCGGCCGCUCCCACCUCGACCACCGCUGCCCUGGCUGCUGAGGUCCCUCUCGAAAAGAACAAGCAACCGGCCAGCGACCGUGACUACACUACCCAGUCGGCAGCUCCUACCUCAACCACUGCUGCCCUGGCCGGCGCUGUUCCUCUCGAGAGCAGCAAGCAGACAAACGGCACCAAACCCGUAGAGGAUGUCCCGGAGGUCGUGAAAGAGUCGAUUACCAACUCUCACCAGAGCCCCGAAGCAGCAGCCAACAAGGAGGCUGUUGAAGAGAAGAAGGAGGUCGAGCAAGAACUCCGACAGAAGGUUAACCUGAAUGAGUCGGCCGGCACUCCGGCUCCUACCCUCUCUGCGGCUACUCAGCCCACUGCCCCCGGCCUCGCCGCUGGUCUCGCCGCUCCUGGCUUCGACUCCGCCGAUGUGUCUCCCAUGUCUACUCCUCCCCCGGGUCGCUCUUCUGGGCCGGCACCAACCUCCACACCUGCUACCGCCACCCAGACUGGCCCAGUUGUGACCGACGGACCUGUGACCGUCCCUACCGACACAGUGAGCACCCCGAAGCCUGCUAAGAAGUCCAGCACUACCGAGACUGCCGGAACUACGACUACCUCAGAGGGUAGCAGUAAGGAUGACAAGAAGAAGAAGCGUCGCAGUUGGUUCUCAAAGUUGAAGGAGAAGCUCAAGUAG